UAUUCAGUUAUUAGUAGCGCGCCAACUGCAGAACAGCGAAAACGUAUUGAUAUCUGGAUAUAUAACUCACAUUUCGAUCGGAAUCCAUAAUGAAGUGCUUCAUCUUGGCUGCCCUCUUGCUGGCCACCCUUGCCAGCGGAGAGAACAUCUUCAAGAUCAACAUAUCGCCCGAGGAGGCGCAGCAGUUUCUGAACAGCGCCCAACUGCGUGGCAUCGGCGACAUCGAGUACGCCCCGAAAACCGGCGAGAAUCCUCUGCCCGAGGCUCGCAACGAGAAGGGCGAGUUCGUGUACAUGGGCCGCGUGAUCGAGCAUCCCGAGGACUAUGUGGAGGAGCACUACGAUGCCCACCAGUACCAUGGUCAGGAUGGCUUGGGUCAGUUUGCCUACGGCUACAGGGACUGGAACCAGGGCAAGAACGAGAAGCGGGAUGAGACGGGCAAGGUGACCGGAUCGUACAAGUAUGUGCAGCCGCAUGGCCGUGACUUUGUGGCCAACUACUAUGCCGACAAGACCGGCUUCCACGUGGAGGACAAUCGCCCUGCCCAUCUCAAGCUGCCAGCCACCAAAACCCCGGCUGUCCUGAAGGCCGAGGAGGAGCACUUCAAGCUGUGGGGCGAACUGGCCGCCGCCGCCGGUCACAAUCCCGAUCCCUAUGCCGCCGAGUACCAGCAGGAGGGUCGCUACCAGCCCGCCGAGCCGGAGUACCAGCCCUACGUCCACGAGGAGCAGCCAUACGUGCCCGGUCCCGAGGAGACCGGUGAACCGAAGGGCUUCUUCUACGCCUUCGACUACAAUGUGCCUUUGUUGCGCAACAAGGAGGAGCGCACCGAACUGGAACGCCUGAGGGCCAUCAACAACAAGGAUGAAUAAGGUUGGAUCCUUUUCCAGAGCCUUCUGGUUAGAGAAGAUCCAGCGCAUCCAUGUAUAGGUCGUCCUGUAGAAAGUAGCAAACAUUUCACAUAUUUAUUGAAUCCUUCGCAAAAAUAAAUCGCAGCUCCAACUACA